UUCCCUUCCUCGCAAGCAGCUCUGUUUCGUGUGUGACUCACACAGCGCAGGCAUAGACACCACUUCCCCAUAUCUGUCGUAGCCAUUUUAAAACACUGCUGGCUUUAAAGAAUAUUCCUGGUGAUCUCUGACAGGUUGGGCCCCUUCAAGGAUGAUCUGGAGAAACCAAGUGGUGUCCUACCGUUAAUGCCUGGGACUGAACAUAGUUUGGGAUGUUUGCAGCCCAAAGUAAGCUCCUGAGUGUCCUAUGAAAAAACCUAUACAGAAGAUCCAUCACUGUUUGGUGUGAACAAGGAAACCCCUGGUGAAUCUGAACAUUUCUCAACACGGGCUGGACUUCGGACCUCCUGUUCUGUCCACGGUCUGCAUACGGUUGCUUUCUUGUCCGCAAGAACCCAGUACAGUUCUUCCUGUUUUACACGAGGAGCUGAGGAACAGGGUGAUGAUUUAGGAUGGCCACAGCCGUACAGCCCAAUGAACUGGUGUUUGAAUUUGCCAGCAAUGUCAUGGAGGACGAACACCAGCUCGGAGACCCCUCUAUAUUCCCCGCUGUCAUCGUGGAGCACAUUCCAAACGCAGAUCUUCUGCACGGUUACUCGGGUUUAACAUGCGUCAACGAGCCAAGUGACAUGAUUGCGGAAAACUCCUUGGAUGUUGCUGAAGAGCAAAUCAUAGAAGAUGAUGACCUAACUCUCACAGUUGAAGCAUCGUGUCAAAAUGAAGAUGAAACAAUGGAAACGAUUGAAGCCGCUGAGGCACUACUGAAUAUGGACUCUCCCAACCCUUUGCUGGACGAGAAGCGAUUAGCAAACAUUUUCAGCACGUGUGAAGAUGAUCUGAUUCUUACCCCGGUUACACAUGUAUCCGUCACUGUUGAUGGAAUACCAGAGGUGAUGGAAUUUCACCAGAAUGUGUAUGAAGAGCCCACCGAAUCUCAGCUGAACGAGCAACCCAAGAAGAAAAAAGGGAGAAAACCAAAAACACCUAGACCAGAAUCGCCUACCACCACACCAAAUAUAUCUGUGAAGAGGAAAAACAAAGAUGGGAAAGGGAAUACUAUUUACCUGUGGGAGUUCCUGCUGGCUUUGCUUCAGGAUAAAGCUACAUGUCCAAAGUACAUCAAAUGGACACAAAGAGAAAAGGGCAUCUUCAAGCUAGUAGAUUCCAAAGCCGUCUCUAAACUGUGGGGGAAGCAUAAGAACAAGCCAGACAUGAACUAUGAGACCAUGGGGAGAGCACUCAGGUACUACUACCAAAGAGGAAUACUUGCUAAAGUAGAAGGUCAGCGCCUUGUCUAUCAGUUCAAAGAAAUGCCAAAGGAUCUCGUGUUUAUCGAUGAAGAUGACACAAGUUCCAGCACAGGAUACUCCGGAAACCUGUCUUCUGAUCCAUCCUUGCACUCUUCAGCUUCAACUCCCAGCCGGAACCAAACAAAAGCAUCCAAAGGGCCUUCAAACACUGGGACAAGAGGUAGCUCAACCACUGUUCUAAAAAAUGGAGCUUCAAGACCCUCGAAAACAAAGGAACCGGUGGAGCCUCCGCAGCAACAAGUGUCCUUGUUGCCAUCAGAGUUAUUGAGGACAGUGCAGACUGCUGAGUCACCUCAACCUUUCCCCACUCAGCUUUUCCGGACGUUGCAUGUAAUGCAGUCUGGGCAGACUGUUCCUGAGCAAGCUUUGACGUGUACCAUUCAGAAUGACACUCUGCCUCAUGCACAGACCAUAAGGACUAUUCAACCUCCAGGACAAGUGCCCGUAGUGGUUUCACCUGGGAACCAGCAGCUUCACACUGUGACACUCCAAACCGUGCCCCUCACCACAGUCAUAACAAGCACAGACCCAGCAACAGGGGCAGGGUCACAGAAAUUUAUACUUCAAGCCAUUCCUUCAACCCAGCCCAUGACAGUGCUCAAAGAGAACAUGGUGCUGCAGCCUUCAAAAUCAGGAUCACCACCACCCCCCAUUGUCCUGAGCUCAAACCAGGUUCAGCAGGUUUUCAACAGCAAUGGUCAGAGCCUUUGCAAUGGAACAGUUAGUAUGCCUUCAUCGCCCACCUUCAGUGUGAGCUCUCCAGUAAUGACCUUCUCGCCCAACACAUCGACACUUGUCACGCAACCAGCAAACACUGUUAUUACAUCUGUUAUCAAGUCACCGGAGUCUAGACAGACACUUGUUCCUGCAUCUUCAAACCCUGGAGGAGCAGAGAGCGCAUCAGAAACUGCCGACCACGCAGAGCAGAACUUCCAGUCAUGUGUGUUGGUGGUAGCCAGUCCCAAUGGAUUUCCCUCACAGCUGGAAAUAAAACAGGAAAAUGAACAGUGGGCAUUUGACUCAAAUUAACCAAACAUGAAUAUUUAAUUUUUAUUUUUUCUCUCAAAUGUGAUGGGCUCUUCCUGAAUAAUGUAAUUUAAAAAAAUUCUAAGAAAUCUAUUUUUAUUUUCCACUCCCCCUUAUAUUCUGGCAGUAAAAAGUUUAAUUAAAUCUCAGUGAGUUUUGAUUUUAAGUUGUUUUUGUAUCUUGUUUAUGGAAUUACAAUCAGGAACAAGUCUGAAUUCCAGUUUGUGUACCAUUGUGUCUCAGAUUCCCCUUACCGUGAAGGAACAUGCCCUUUCUGCUAUGAAGAUAUCAUUUUUUCUGUUUCUGAUGGAAAUAUUUUUCUACAAGUCUGUGAUCUUUUAACCUAUUCAUCUAAGCAGUUAUUUUUGUACAUCCUAUUUUGUUUUCUUGUAAAUAAUUUACACCAACCCAACUAUGCUUUUAAGAUGGAGAGAUUAAUUAUCCGUUACAGCAACAUGGCUACAACAAAAUAGCUUAUCGCUUAAAAGUAUCAAAUGAAAGCAAAAAAUAUCUUUAAACCAAAUACAAUUUUUUUUUUUGGUUUCUGCACUGUUCUAAAGGCAUUUUUGUAUUUUUUUACCCCUUUCAUUCCUAAUUCUGGAUUUAUAUAUAAAAUAGCAAUCAACCUCUCUAGAUCUUUAGCAAUAACUAAUGUGCCUUGGUUUAAACUAUGCAUUAAAAUAUGCCUUGUGAAAGUAA